ACUUGGCUUUGCUACAUUGUCCAGAACAGUAAACAAACACGUCUUAGACUUAAAUUUCUCAUUUUUCUCCUGUCAAAGCUUUUACAAACUCCGCUUAUUUCCUCGACUCUUUCUUCCUGCUUGCAUGCUUUUAGCGCCACAAACAUCACCUCCAUCACCAUUAAUAUGCUCUACAAUUAACUAUAUCCACCCGUAAACUUUUUUGCAUGCUUUGCUUCUUACGCCCUUCACGACCCACAACUUCUUCCAUUAUUCUCUUCUGAUUUCACCGUCUCUCUAUACUCUUGCCGUGGAAUCUGGUUUUACGAGUGAUGGGUCCUUUCUGUAUGAAUUCCGUUGUUUUUCUUUAAUUUUAUUCGGUCGACGUUGGUGGCUCCUCCUCUCAGCUCCCAAUCGGUUGUGUUCUCGAGUUCCAAUGGGACCUGUUAGAGGGUUCAAGAGAAAGAGGAAGGUAGACAAGAAGGCUGAAAGAAAAGCCUCGGCCGCCCCAGCGCCGUCACAACUGGAUGUGCCCGUUGAUUGGUGGGACGACUUCUCCAAGAGAAUUACUGGGCCUUUAUCUCUGUCAAAUGGUUUGGAUAAAUUUGAGUCUGUAUUCAAAGUCUCGAGGAAGACCUUCAACUACAUCUGUUCACUUGUAAAGGAAGAUAUGAUGGCAAAGCCAUCAAAUUUUAUGGGUACAAAUGGCAAGCCUCUGUCAAUAAAUGAUCAAGUAGCUGUUGCUCUAAGAAGGCUAAGCUCUGGUGAGUCGCUAUUGACAAUUGGUGAAUCAUUUGGAAUCAGCCAAUCAACAGUUUCUCAAGUGACCUGGAGGUUUGUGGAGGCCAUGGAAGAAAGAGGGCUCCACCACCUUCGUUGGCCUGCCACAGAAACAGAGAUGACAGAGAUAAAGUCUAAGUUUGAGAAAAUCCGGGGCCUCCCAAACUGUUGCGGUGCAAUUGAUACCACUCACAUCAUGAUGUGCUUGCCUUCAGUAGACCCCUCAAAUGAUGUUUGGUUCGAUCAUGAGAAGAACCACAGCAUGGUGUUGCAGGCAAUUGUGGAUCCUGAGAUGAGGUUCAGGGACAUCGUUACUGGGUGGCCAGGGAGCUUGAAUGACUCCAUUGUGUUACAGAAUUCAGGCUUCUUCAAGCUUUGUGAGAAAGGAAAGAGGUUGAAUGGGAAAAAGAUGAAGUUGUCUGAAGGAUCAGAGGUGAGAGAAUACAUAAUUGGGGAUGUAGGAUUCCCUUUGUUGCCCUGGCUUGUCACACCUUAUCAAGGAAAAGAUCUUUCAGAAUCCAGUACCGAGUUCAACAAGAGGCAUUUUGCAACCCGCGUGGUGGCACAUAGGGCCUUGGCAAGGUUGAAAGAAAUGUGGAGGAUUGUUCAAGGAGUGAUGUGGAGACCCGACAAGCAUAAAUUGCCAAGGAUAAUUCUUGUAUGCUGCUUACUGCACAACAUCGUCAUUGAUCUGGAGGAUGAGGUGCAGGAUGAGAUGCCUUUGUCUCACAACCAUGACUCAGGUUAUCGUCAGCAGAUAUGUGACUCAGUUGACAAGAAUGCCUCCAUCCUGAGAGAUAAGCUUUCCCUCUGCUUGUCUGGAAGAUUGCCUCCAUGAAACAAUAGCUAAUUGAGUGAUCAUUUCCUUCUUUCUCUGGGGACAAUGUAUUGGUUGGUUUACUGACUGGUUUCUGAGUUAUGAAUUUGCCAUUUACAGGCCCGCAGCCUGCUUGUGACGGGAGCCUUUCACUGGCGACCCUGAAGAGUUUUAUUUCCUUUUUCAAUUUCAACAUGUACAGAAUUUAGAUGUGAAUGGCACGUUGCCAUAAUGUUUAACAAGGUUAAGAAGGUAAUGAUGGAAAGGGAAGUGAGGUC